AUGGAUGUUGUGGAUCUUUCCGAUGAUGACGGGGAGAUGGAGCAGUGGAUUGCGCAAGUUGUUCUCGACUUCGAGUGGACGGCAGACCGAAAGCCCGUGAAGCCGAUCAGUGAAAUCACGCAAUUUCCUUCUGUGCUGGUUCGCUUAGAUGGCCACAAGAGCAAGAUCGUGGAUGAGUUUAACACAUACGUGAGGCCAACGCUGAACAGCGUGCUCCCCCAGUUUUCCAUCGAGCUGACGGGAAUUACGCAGGACAUGGUCGACAGAUCGCCAUCGUUGGACGAGGCGCUUGGAAAGUAUCUCCUUUGGCUAAGGUCCCAUGGCCUGGUGGGAGAAUGUGGGGAGCGUUUAGGGUCUUGGGCCUUUUGCACGUGGUCAGACGCUGAUAUCGCUGCGCAGCUGGUACGUGAAUUCCAUUUCAAGAAGCUUGACAUUCCAAAAUGCUUUGACCAGUGGGUGGAUUUGAAAAUUCUGUACAAAAGGCAUUACAGAAAAGAAGCAACUGGCGGCCUUCAAGCAUGUGUGGAGAGGGUGGGGCUGCGAUUUGAGGGUCGAGCACAUGAUGGUUUGAUUGACUCCCGGAACACUGCUGCCAUUGUGCUGCAUAUGGCGCGGGGGUCCAUGCUGUUUGGUUCCUUUACCUUCCGGCGCCCGACUCGUGGCCUUGACCAGAACGGGUAUGCAUACGGAAGCAAAGCCAGCCAAGCGGCCAGGGAAAAAGUUUGGCGGAGGGGGGUGUGUAGCCCAAAGUUCCAACAAGGUGCCAGUAUGCCAACAUCAAUGAUGGUUGUAUAUUUUCUGGAGUUGCUCUUGCUGAGGCAUUGA